CUCUGUUUCUUUAUUUGUUGACAUCUGUAUCCAUUUCACUCAUUUUCAAUAACAUAAAUAACAUAAAACUUGAAUCACGAGUACAAACUUAAUUUUCAACGUUUCUUUAAAGAGAUUAUACAAACUAAUAAAAGUGUGAUUGGAAUCACAAUGAUUUUAAUCACCAAUAACAUUUCCCCUAAAAGCAUGAACCCCUCUGCAUGGUUUUGUUUCUCCUCUAUGCUUUACGGUGUCAUACAUGAUGAGGGGCAGCUCUUAUCUCUGGGCUUACCCCGUGGAGCCUCUAUAUAUGUACGCUGCUCUUUCGUGGACACAUCAUUUCUGCUGUCUGCCCCAAUGAACUGACGAGAAUACAAUACCAAAAGAUUACAAUUUGAGUUCCCUGAUGGGCAUGUUUGUCAUGGACGGAGACAGCCUCAAUGACCACCUUUGGGAAUUAGAGGACAAUUCCACUGAUGAUGGAAUCAAGGACAUGUGCGACCCCAACGAGGGGGGGCCUUUUGAGGCGGUGUUCAUCCCAGCUCUGUACUCUGUGGCGUUUGUUGUGGGCAUCCUGGGGAAUGGAGUGCUGCUGGGAGUUCUGGCUCAGAGCAGGAGGACCUGGAGUGUGACGGACACCUUCAUCCUCCACCUUGGUGUGGCAGAUGUCCUACUGCUGGUGACUCUGCCCCUCUGGGCUGCACAGUCCGUUCACGGAUGGACCUUCGGCACUCCUCUUUGCAAGAUCACCGGAGCUGUUUUUACGAUUAACUUCUACUGUGGGAUCUUUCUGCUGGCCUGCAUCAGUCUGGACCGCUACCUGUCCAUCGUCCACGCUACCCAGAUGUACUCCCGCAGGAAGCCCUGGGUCGUUCAUGUCAGCUGCUUGGCAGUGUGGCUCUUCUCCCUGCUCCUUUCUAUCCCUGACUGGAUCUUUUUGGAUGCUGUGGAGGACGACAGACUCAACAAUCAAACGCAGUGUGUACGCAACUACCUCAAGUUUGCCUCUGUGGCAGUAGGUGACUUGCGACUGGCAUCCCGCCUGCUCUUCCACAUCGUGGGCUUCCUGCUGCCUUCAGUCAUCCUGAUCUUCUGCUACUCCUGCAUCCUGCGCCGGCUGCGGUGCGGCUCCCAGGGCCUCCAAAAGCAGAAAGCGUUCAGGGUCAUCGUGGCAGUAGUGGCAGUUUUCUUUCUCUGCUGGACGCCAUACAACAUCACACUCAUGGUGGACACACUUCAUUCCGGCCAUAGCGGUGAGGCCUGUAGAGUCAGAACGUCCCUUGAAACAGCCAAGAUAAUCACCUCCUCCGUGGGCUACCUCCACUGCAGCCUCAAUCCCAUCCUGUAUGCCUUUGUUGGUGUGAAGUUCCGCCGUCAGCUCCUGGACAUCCUGAGGUCUCUGGGCUGCAAGCUGAAGACAAGUGCCAAACUGCAAUCUGUUGGUACCAGCAGGAGAAGCUCCAUUUGGUCGGAUUCUGCUGAUACCUCCAACUCCCUUGCUAUUUAA